UUUGCCGAGUCGUGGUCUCUUGUGUGGAAAAGCGUUUAGACAGGGAGGAUCCUGUCUUCUCUUUCCACCGCUUUGCUCUUUGGCUUAUCGCACAAUUCUCCAUGAACUUGAAUUUCUAUUCGCUGACAUAGAAAUGGAGAACCCGUUUGAGUUCCAUUCUAUCGCCGGUUACUCUGAGCAGUCACCAAUGGCUCCAUCAUUGCAACCAACUGGUUUCCAGGAGGAAUUGACGGCACAGUCACACCACGUGGUUCCGCUUAGCGGGACAUCGUCAAUCGGACAGGAGCAAUUAGCCUGGUCCUGUUCUCCUUCAUCGGCGCCAAUAUCCGAUGCUCCGUCGUCAGUGAUGGCGGAGGUUCAGAGAGUGGAAGCCGGAUUGGAGGAGGAUGUUUCUAAGAAGCUUCGCGCUAAAAUCUUCUUUCAUCCUUUGUAUCCUAAACUCCUGGACGCCUAUGUCGAGUGCCAAAAGGUUGGAGCGCCGCCGGCGAUAGCAAAACUGUUAGACGAAAUCGGACGAGAGAAUGGCGAACUAAGUCAGAGGUCUACUUACGUGGGUGCCGAUCCCGAGCUCGAUGAGUUUAUGGAAACGUAUUGCGAUAUAUUGGUGAGGUACAAAUCGGAUCUCUCGAAGCCUUUUGACGAAGCCACCGUGUUUCUAAACGACAUGGAGAUGCAGCUUAACUCCCUCUGCAACGGCCAUUCGCGAAGCAACAGUUCUGUUGAUGGUUCCGGAUCAUCCGAGGAUGACAGUAGGGAAGAGAGAGAAGAAAAUGAGUGUAAGAGAGACACUGAAGGUCGAGAGCUGAAGGACAAACUUCUUCGUCGAUAUAGUGGAUAUAUUAUUGGUCUAAAGCAUGAGUUUUCAAAAAAAAAGAAGAAAGAAAAGCUACCCAAAGAAGCGAGACAAAUUUUACUUGCAUGGUGGAAUAUUCACUUCAAGUGGCCAUACCCAACGGAAGCGGAUAAGGUUGCAUUAGCUGAAUGGACAGGUCUGGAUCACAAGCAGAUCAACAAUUGGUUUAUCAACCAAAGGAAGCGACACUGGAAGCCAACGGAGGAAAUGCAAGCUGCUGUUUUUGACGGCCUCUAUGGACCUUUUUCCACGAGUGAUUGAGGUUGUAUCUCCUCACCAUUGACUUUCUCUCUUGUAUAUAUGGUCUGUUGUAUCUGACCUGAAACUUUAUUAUCCCUGGCGGAAUAUCACUGAUGAAUUUCCUUUCCACUUCUCUAAUAGUUGUAUAAUAUAGCUCCCGCGGUUUGGUUGUAUGGUAAUAAUUGCUAUUGACGUUAUUUGAACGGUUUGUGUGAUUCCUGCAUCGACACUGCAUAUAGCAAUUGCUGCUAUUAAUCAGAAUGGAUUGCAAUUCUAUCUGCUUA